AUGAUGUGGACCGGUUUUCUGUAUAUACCACUUAUAACUGCAUUUUUCUAUUGGAAUAAUUUACUAUGGUGUUAUGUCUUUGGUGUUCUAACCAUAUCGUGUUUCUUCUUGGGAUGUUUAAUUGUCAUGUCCAUAAAUAUUGCUCUUUCUCCGAAACACCAAACUGGUGUAAAUUCUAUAAAAACAGUUGCAGAAAUGGAUGCCUUUCAUAAUUUAUUAAUGGUAUGAUACGUAAUUGAAACUUUGAAUGUUAAAAAACAUAUACGUUACCCAUUGAUUUUUACUCGUAUGGUGGAUGGAGCUCUACAAAACUUGUUGGAUUUAGUGUUUCAAGAUUUUGUUGGUCUUUGGUUAGAUGAAUUGGCUUUUAACUCUGAACAAAUAAUAGGCAAUAUGAAGCAAGAUGUGUGGGGAGCAAUUCAAACUCUGCAGGAUCGCUUAUCAAAAGUGGAUCACACAAAACUAGUAAUAAGUAAUUUAGAAAAUAAAAACUAUAAUACAAAUAGGUCUGAGGGAGAAGAUCCAGUAUUUAUUUUAUCUGCGCAUUUAAUGUCACCUACAGCUGAGUUAGAUUAUUUGAGAAAAGUCAGUGAAUUAUGUAUCUUAUUCUUGUUACCACCUUGUUAUUCCCUUACUCCAAUAAAAUAUUUAUUGAUAGAAAUUCUUACAUGUAAAAUACUAAAACCAGCAAUAGACUUAAUAACCAAUCCAGACUAUAUAAAUCAAAAGAUUUUAUCAUAUAUUGAUCGACAGCAACUUGCAGAAGCAAUGCACAGGAAAACAUAUGAGUAUGCGGAAUCGUUUGAAGAUUUCAUUCGUAUGAUUAAAAGUUCUAAAGAUUUGGAAGUUCUUAAACAUAUAAGAUAUAAUAUUGUUACGGAAAUUAUGCAAGCUACUACAAUCCAAAAUGUUAAAAGAGCACAAGGUUUAGAUCCAGACAAUAAUACAUUUCGAAAAUCUGAUGCCAUCCAAGCUCGAAAAUUCAAGAGGUACAUCAGUCAACUAACAUAUGCUAAAAAUACAUGUGAAUGUCACAUGCAAUCAUUAGGAUGGAAUGGAUAUCCUGCUCAGGCUAAUGAUGUUACUGAUGCAACAAUAAUUGCAGAAGAUAAACUGUUACCAUUACAACAUAUUUUAUACAAUGUGAUAGGUCGACGAUACCUUUCACAGUUUCUUGAACAAGUGGCUAGUCAAGGCUUGAUUGGGUAUUGGGCAGCUGUACAAGAAUUACGCAAUGCAGAUAAAUCCAAUUGGCAUCAAUUGGGUGCUGAAAUUUUUUACACUUAUAUUACAUCUCCCACUGCUGAAAUAAAAGUUGAUAGAGGUAUUCGCAAAAAAAUGGAAAGCUUUUUGCUAGGUGAUAUAGGGCCUAAUGUAUUUUACGAAGUUCAAGAUAGCGUUGUUAAAACUUUGGAAGAAAAAUAUUACCCAUCAUUUGUGGUUAGUGAACAGUACAAAAAUAUGCAAGAAGCAUUGCUUAAUGAAAGAACAGAUGAUUUAGUAGAAGAUCGUCGCGUGGGAAGUGGAACUUUAUCCGAAAAUAUAUCUUUGCUUGUUGGAGAGCAUUCAAACUAUGCUCGUAGUAAGUUGGAUCAACUACAAGAGAAAUUAAAUAACAAAAUGCAGGCAUUGCAAGCACUAAAAUCUUCGUUAAAACCAGAAAGCAAAGUUUUACAUUUUUUGGCUAAAGAAGUUGAAUGGCUGCAAAAUGAGAAAAGGCAACUAGAAGCACAUUUAACGCAUACAGAAAUGUGGGCGGAACAUUUAGGUCAUUGGAGAGCAGAAGUACAAAGUGCAGAAGUACCAGAUAAUGGGGAAUCUCCGCAAUUUGUUCUGGUUGUUCAUAUGGUAGAAAAUGAAGAUAGCAAUGAGAGUAUAUGUAGUGGUUGGGUUGUCUUACGAAAAUUACAAGAUUUUCAAGAUCUUCACCGAAAACUUCGUCAACUUUGUUCUAACGUAAAAAAUUUAGAUUUACCAUCCCAACCUUUAAAGUUUUUUGGAAAAUCUGAUAAAAAUACCUUGGACAAAGCUAAAACGCAAAUACAAAAAUAUUUAAAUUUUGUUUUAGAAGAUGAAAAGCUGAAUCAAAGCGAAGCUUUAUAUACAUUCCUUAGUCCGAGCUCGGAACAUUUGAAAUAUGCUCCCCCUUCUCCAAAAAAAUCUCGAUUUUCGUUAUCAACUUUGUUCAAAACAUCUACCAAUAGUAGCGAACUUCGUGAUAAGGAGGACGAAGAAGAUUACUCACUGUUGUUAGAUGAUAGCGAUACUGCUCGGACAACUACAGAUGGAUUGAUGAGUGUUAAUAGAGAUGCAAUAGCAGAACCUCUUUACACGCUCUUAGGUGAAAUUUUCGAUCUACGGGGAGUAUUUCGAUGGCUUCGACGUUCAUUAAUUACUUUCGUACAAAUUACUUACGGUAGAACUAUAAACAGACAAAUCAGAGAUACUAUUGCAUGGGUAUUCUCAGAACCAAUGCUUCAUUAUUAUAUACAAUUAUUUACCAAAUCAUGGUGGCCAAACGGUCAUUUGGUGUCCGGGACAGUACUUCGUACAGAUGAAGAAAAAUUAAAAACUCGGGGUGAAGCUCGGAGACAGUUUUUAAAUAACAUACCUGAAGUUUUAACAAAUUUAGUAGGAGCACAGAGUGCUCAGCGUGGUGCAAUCAAAAUCUUUGAUUCCUUACAGAACGUGAAUUUAAACAAACAAUUAUUUUAUGAUAUGUUUGAAGUUGUAAUGUAUGAAGUAUUUCCAGAAUUUAAACGAGCACAAUAA